GUGUAGAAUUGUGCAAAGCCUUUCGGACCAACAUUUUUCCCCCGCGAAAGUGUAAAUCUGAGGGCUUCCAGGAGCUCCCCACGUUCAAGCUGCGUCAAACUAACCUGUCCACUCUUUGUAAACAACUCCGUCGCUCGCUUCGAUCCCUCUCUUCGUUCAAAAUGUUCGGAAAACGCUCUUUUGCAAGUUCAAAGGACCGAUCUGGCAAGAUAACAAAGCAGCCGAAGAGGUCGUUCCGCGAUGUUUCAAAGCAGAAGCAGAUGGUCGAGAAGAUGGAUGCGCGGAUAGACAGUCCGAUGAUGGAGAGCACUUCCCCGAGUCUCACCUCCGCAAUCGUGACCAUAGUCGUUGGCAAAGACCAGCGACUGUUUGCCGCGCACGAAGACGUCCUCACCCACUCCCCGUACUUCGCUUCCGUGUUGCGGGGCCAGUACUUCGAGUCCACGAAUCGACGCAUCGAGCUGCCGACGGAAGAACCCGAAAUCUUCUCCUGCAUUCUUGAGUAUCUAUACAAGGGUGACUAUUACCCGCGCUUGGUCCAUGACAAGCGCCGCCAAACAUGGAUGCUUGAGGGUGCAGUCUCCUCACCCGACCCAAACAAAGGCGACCGCGUAGCCGCCGUCGAGCCAACAUUCUAUCACACUGGUGUGGGUGACGUUAUUCUCCGCGACACAGCUGUGUACUGCGCAGCCGAUCGCUACGGCCUCGAAGAGCUUAAACGGCUCUCCUUGCGCAAGCAAGGCCUGCAGAGCGGGAUCGAGGUCGGCACCAUCCUGCGUAGCGCGCGAUAUGCCUACGAGAACACACCAGACAGUGAUUCUAAGCUGCGCGCUCAUUACCUGGCGCUCAUCAUCCGCAGCCGAAAGACCUUCAAGCGUAGUGGAACCAUGCAGAUGGAAAUGGAGCUUGGGGGGAAACUGUUUUUUGACUUGUUCGUGGCCAUGUGCAACCAUAUCGAUGAUAUUGUGGAUGUGACCAACGCUCGCACUCCCAAGACCAUCUAAAGGUAGCACACGCCCACUGACACUGUCACCAAACCCGCAAUAAACCACACACGGAGUCAUUUCCUUAUAUGUCGCUUACCCCCAUAUCCCUGCACAACACACACAAAUGUAUCACGGCCUCUUAACACACAA